AGUGGUGCAGCUCGUCCGGCACGGACUGGCGCGCGCUGUCCGGCGCAAGGAUGUGGCGCACUUUGUCCGGCGCGAUGUCGAUGUACAUCGUCGGGGCGCGCGGGCGAGCGGUCCUUGUUGCGGUCCAUCCUGGGGAAACGAUGUCGAUGCCCAUCCUCGGGAAACGAUGUCGAUGCCCAUCGUCGGAGCGCGCGGGGGAGCCUUCUCCUUUCGUCAUUCCCUCUCUCCCUCUCCUUUCCCCGUCGCGGCCACCUCCCCGUCGCGGCCCCCUCCCCGUCGUGGCCCCCUCGCAUCACUCCUGACCCCACGUCCUUCCUCCCGCUCACCACACCCCUCUUCCCUUCGUCCGCAUCCACCGCGCCCUGCUCUCCCCUCUACCGCGCGCCGCCUUCGCCACCACUUCCCAUGUCCACUCUCUCGCCACCCCUCCCUCCUCUCCCAUCCUUCUUCGCCUCGCGCUUCCCGCUUCCGCCCCCCAGGCCUCUUCCCCCAUAGGGCACGCAGUCGUUCCCGACAAAGUAGACGCCCGCCUCGCCCCAGCGGUGCCGAUGCGCGCCUCAUCCAACAGUGCCGCCGCGCGACCCGCCCGACAGUGUAGACGUGCGCCUCAUCGUCGACGUCGGACGCGGGGGUGCACGCAUCGACGGACGCCGAGGGAGGGGGGGGGGUUACACAGUGUCGGACGCGGGGGGAGGGAGUGCGCGUCGUUGGACAUGGAAUGACAGCGCACGUCGCCGUGUAUUAGACGAUCGCGCACGUCGUCAGGAAUUCCACGAAUUCUGGCCAGGGAUGCGUCCUAGGGGAUGGAUGUAUCUUCCCCCUCUCCCCUCCUGGGUGGCGACAUAUCCCCAUCACCCCUGCUCUUCUUGCCCCCUCCUCCCUGGCGAUGUAUCCUCCCCUCUCCCCCAAUCCCAGGCAACGUACCCGCCCUUCCCUCUCCCCUCCCUCGUCCUUCCCCACUCCUCUCUCAUGCUCACUCUCUCCACUCUUCCCUCCUCUCCCAUGGUUUCUCCCCUAUCCCUACCUCCACCGCGCGCCACUACCUUCGCCUCGCGCGCCCUCCACGCGCUUUCCUCUUCCCGCUUC